AUGGACCCCAACAACGGUGAAGCCGGUCAGUACCGGACCUUGUUAAGUGUUGAACCCACUUCCAACACUGACAAGGGAGUGGUUGAGAUGACAGGCCUCCUCUCGAAUCCAGCUGCCAAUGGCGGACAGGAAGAACCAAUACCUCAUGUGAAACGUUCAGAAAGUGCUGAAUUACUCAAUUUUACCCUACAUCAGUGUGCCAGAAAUGGAGAUGUGAGAAGUACACAGAUUCUGAUUGGUCAAAUCAAGUCCUCAGCCAAGAAUAUCUAUAAGAAAAUCAAUGUACGAGAUGAGGACAGAAUCACACCUCUGCAUUAUGCUGCUCGUUACAAUCACAAGGCUGUAGCUAAACUGCUCGUUGACAAUGGGGCAGAUCCUAACAUCAGAGACUCGGAGGACCUGACACCCCUUCACUAUGCUGCACGGUACCGCCGCCAGAGACAGAAGACCACUGACACAGAUGAUGAGGAUGAUGGCCCAGAGAUACCAGACAACUCUGCCCAGGAUGAUAGUACCCAGGCUGAAAACAGUGUUAUCAACUAUCUUGUACAAAAUGGUGCCAACAUCAACAUGCGUGAUAAAUAUGGCCAGACACCUCUUCACUAUGCAGCCAUGCGAGGCAAUGAGUUUGCUGCUAAGGAGCUCAUGUCUUACAAGGAUAUUGAUAUUGAGGCUGUGGACAUGCAGAAGAUGACAGCUCUCCACAUGGCUGCCACCCACAAUCAGGUGGAGAUCACCAAGCUACUGAUUGAUGCUGGGGCACCCCUUCGUUGUCAGGACGAUGAAGACUCCACCCCUCUCCACUGCUGCUGUAGCGAGGGAAAUAUUGAUAUUGUUAAACUUCUUUUCGAAGCAGGAACUCGGCAGGAUGGCUGGGUUACCAUCUCUAAUAUGGUGACUGACAGAGACUGCGACCAGAGCACCUGUCUACAUAUGGCCGUGGAGAAUGGUCACUAUGAUGUGGUCAAACUCUGUCUGGAGAAACGAGCAGAUGUGAACACACCUGCAUCUCACUACAUGAACCCCAUCCAUCUGGCAUCAAAGGCUGGUGACAUUAAGUGUGUUAAACUGUUGGUGGAGCAUCACGCUCGGAUAGACGCCCUCAAUGAUGAACAGGCCACUCCCCUUCACAUUGCAUGUGCUUUCAACCACCUGGAGGUAGUCGAGUACCUAAUAGAGAGAGGGGCCAAUCUGGAGAAGAAAGACAAGGACAACUACACUCCACUGCUCAUGGCUUCAGCUUACGGUCACGCAGACAUCAUCAAACAUUUACUUAGAAAGCGUGUUGACUAUGAGGCUGUGGAAAAGAAUGACAAAACCGCAAUUUUCUUAGCUUCAGAGGAGGACAACUUGGAUGCCCUCAAGGCUCUCCUGGCUGUUGGACGUGUACGAAGACUGGUGAAUGUGGGAGAUAGGUAUGAUAACACGCCACUUCAUAUUGCCGCAGAGAAAGGCUACCUCAGUAUUGUCAAGUGUCUUCUAGAAAACAAGGUGGAUGUUGAUGCCAAGAAUGAAGAGGAACAGACACCCUUACAUUUGGCAGCUAAAGCAGGCAGAACCAAUAUUGUCCGUGAACUGGUUUUGAGAGAUCAUUCUUCUGUGAAUGAUGAAGAUGAGGACUCAAACACAGCACUACACUUGGCAGCAGAGUGUGGCCAUGCUAAAGUAGCUGGUGUACUGUUAGAUAAUGGAGCUGAUGUGGCAGCUAGAAACUGUAAUCUGUGGACACCACUAGACUCGGCAGCUGCCAAAGGUUGGGUGAAGACCUGUAAAGUUUUAUUGGAAGCUGAUGCCCCAAUCAAUCCCAUGGACAAAACCAAGACAACACCUCUACAUCUUGCUGCCCGCUAUGGACAUUCUGGAGUGGUGGAACUGCUGAUUCAGUGGAAGGCCAAUAUCCAGCAAAAUGACUCAAACAGUGACAAUUGCCUUGACUUGGCUAUCGACAACAAUCAUCCGGAUGUGGCUCUAACCAUUAUUAACUCAGAAAUGUGGGAAGAUGCUCUAAGAAAUGAGACUUCAGAGCUUGGUACAGAUGUGAAGAGCACACCAAUGAGAAAACUAAUUAAGAAAAUGCCAGAUGUUGCUGAAGUUGUAUUUAACAAGUGUAUGACUGACAACAAGAAAAGUUUCGAACACCGUGACUAUAAAGUCACAUUUAAUUACGAGUUUCUGGACGAUGUUUACUCGCUGGCGACGUGGCGGGAGACUGGACCGAGUGAAAGUGGUGGAUCAUCUGAUGGGAGUGUAUACAAUGAGGACUUUACCCUGUCCUCCUCAGCCAAACCCUACACAACUGACUCCAGUGAGAUGAAGAAGAACCACCCACUCAUGAUAAUGGUGACAUCCAAGCGAGAAGACCUUCUGGCCCAUCCACUGGUAACUUCCCUUCUCCGACACAAGUGGAACAGCUUUGGUCGUGUAUUCUACUAUAUCAACUUUGCUAUUUAUGCUGUGUUCCUAACCUUCCUGACUGGCUAUAUCCUGGCCAGCAAUGCUCCAUUCACCUACAGUACUACCGGCAAUGUCUCCUGUGAACUUGUGGCUAGCAGCACGACUCCGGUACACCGACAACACAUAUUUGCUAAAAUUGGAAAAUAUGUCAUCAUAGCUUUAGCAGCAUGGAAUCUUCUUCGUGAGUUGCUACAGAUAUACCAGGCCAAACUGCAGUAUCUGGGAUGGGAGAACCUCAUCGAGUGGCUUACCUAUGUGUUCGCGCUCCUGCUUGUUAUCGACUUCCAGGAAUGCCAGAGAGAUACAGGCUUCAGAUAUGACUGGCAGUGGUCCCUGGGAGCCAUCGCAGUAUUUUUAGCCUGGAUUGACCUGGUUCUUUUCCUCCAGAAGUUCCCACGGUUUGGUAUCUACGUUGUCAUGUUCAAGGACAUCCUAAACACCUUCAUCCAAUUCUUCCUCGUCUUCUUUCUCUUCAUCGUUGCCUUUGCCCUUGGCUUCUAUACUGUACUUCAAAACCAGGUACCCUUCAAGACGUUUGGACAGGCUUUAAUGAAGACCUCUGUGAUGAUGAUUGGUGAAUUUGAGUUUGAUUCCAUUUUCAAUGGAAACCAUGCCGAUCACACCGAGAAAGUUUACCAGGAUACAGUGACCUACAUUUUGUUUGUUGUAUUCAUGAUCAUCAUGUCCAUCAUCAUCAUGAACUUACUGGUUGGUUUGGCUGUAGAUGAUAUCAAGGCAGUACAGGAACAGGCUGCACUCAAGAGGAUGGCUAUGCAGGUUGAACUUGCGCUUGACGUGGAGAGAAUUGUUCCGGAAUUCAUACGGGUAAUUGUCACAAAAAAGCAGACA